AUGUUAAAAGUGUUCGCACCAACAAUUGAAAAGUGCCAAUCAGCCCAGAUGGUCAGCAGCAACAAAGACGGAUAUAUCGCUAAUUUCGUCAACAAAAAAUUAACCUCAACUCAACAACAACAACUACUACAACAUCAACAACUAUCGCCCACAAAUCAACCAUUUCCGGUUGACCUUUCAAGGUCGAAUUGCGUUUUCCUCUUCCGUUUCGAAUGGGGUACUAGGAUAAAAUUCACUCUCUACGAUUUUUCGCCGGCUAACAAGUCUGCCGCCCUGGCGAACGAAUUAAGAACUGGACCGAUGAACGCCACAGCUCAUCACCACCAACAUCAAAUCUAUCCCAAUGCUCUCAACGAACCACAUCAGCAACAACAUCAACAACAACAUCAACAACAACAACAUCAACAACAUCAACAACAACCUCAAUAUCAACAACAUCAUCAUAUCUUUCAACAAUUUUGCGACAGCGAAGUCAUCGACCAGGACGCCAGCAACGUCGUCCUCAUCAGCAUCACGGAGCCGCUGAUCAAAACAACAAAAAUAAUAUGCCCCCAGUGCAACACUAUGACGUCACUGACGACGAAACUCUGUCAUUGGUCGAGAGUUAGUCACGUGUACACUUCGAGCACCAAUCAGGUUGACGUGGUGAUUUAUAAUGGCUGGCCCUAUAGAUAUCUGAUACGAUAUGAAGGCCUGUGA